UUAACUGAAGUUGUUGACGAAGUGUUGAGGAUUCCCUUCUGUCUGCGAGUUUGUGCUGUAAAAUGGCAGAAUCCAGUAUUUCAGUGGCUCAGGAUCAGUUCAGCUGUUCAAUCUGUCUGGAUCUACUGAAGGAUCCAGUGGCCAUUCCCUGUGGACACAGUUACUGUAUGAGCUGUAUUUCAGGCUGCUGGGAUCAGGAUGAGCAGAAGGGAGUGUACAGCUGCCCUCAGUGCAGACAGACCUUCACUCCAAGACCUGCUUUAGGGAAAAACACCAUGCUGGCUGAAGUGGUGGAGAAACUCAAGAAGACAAAACUACAAGCUGCUCGUCCUGCUCAGUGUUACUCUGAAUCUGCAGAUGUGGAGUGUGAUGUUUGUACUGGAGACAAAAAUAAAGCCGUCAAAUCCUGUCUGGUGUGUCUGGAAUCUUAUUGUCAGAUUCAUUUUGAACGUCAUGAAGAAUUUCACUCUAGAAAGCGACACAAAGUGACUGAAGCCACUGGACGACUGCAGGAGAUGAUCUGCCCUCAACAUGAGAAACUACUGGAGGUUUUCUGUCGUACUGAUCAGUGCUGUAUUUGUUAUCUGUGUACAAUGGAUGAACACAAAAACCACGACACUGUAUCAGCUGCAGCAGAGAGGACUGACAAACAGAGACAGUUGGAGGAAAUGCAGAAAAAUCAUUAUCAGAGAAUGGAGGAGAAACAGAAGGAUUGUGAGGAGCUGAGAGCGGCUGUAGAGUCUCACAAGCGCUCUGCACAGGCAGCAGUGGAGGACACUGAGAGGAUCUUUACUGAGGUCAUCCGCUCCAUUGAGAGAAGCCGCUCUGAGGUGACGCAGCUGAUCAGAGAUCAGGAAAAGGCUGUAGUGAGUGGAGCUGAAGUACGACUGCAGCGACUGGAGCAGGAGAUUGAUGAUCUGAGGAGGAGAGACACUGAGCUGGAGCAGCUUUCACACACAGACCAUCACAUCCAUUUCCUCCAGAGUUUCCAGUCUCUCUCUGCUCCUGGAUCUACAGACUCAUCCAGCAUCACUGUCAGCUCUCGUCUCUCUUUUGAUGAUGUUGGUAAAUCUGUGUCUUGUCUGAGAGAGAAACUGGAGCAGUUCUGCAAAGAAGAGAUAAAAAAGAUAACUGAAUUGGUAAAAUGCACUGAGAUCAUUCCUACCUCUAAACCCAAGACUAAGGAACUGUACCCCUCCAUCCAAAUACUGGAAGACCGCUUUACGGAAGUGGAUCUUCUCUUGCUGAAUCUAGAACCCUCUGUCCCGGCACAGUCUAUGGUCCCACAGCUGAAACUCUCUGUCCGAAAAAGGAACCCUCAAUUCUGGAACAAGAACCCUCCUUCCUGAAUGUGAAAAUUUUCUCUGGCCCAAAACCGAAACCCUUUGUCCUUAAACUGGAACCCCCAAUUCUAAAGCCAGAGCCCUUGAUCCCCAGAAGCGCAGCUUUUAGCGAAUUUAGCCAUUUUCAAAAAAAUGAAACAGGUCAAUCAAGUGAAUCGAGUAGAUCUGUAAAAAAAAAAAGUUUAUUUAAGGGGGGGAGGCUUAGUAACCAAUAGAGUGAGUGCUUCAUUCUCCCCAUUCAACAUUGUCCAAGCCUGCCCGGGGUAAUGCACUGUAAACAAUAAGGAGAGCACAUGGAGAAAUCAUAUCAUCUCCCUUUCAUUUUAGAAGCCUCUAAUGCACGGCAAUGGAUUGAUAAUCCCUUACAUUAUCGAUAUUUUCUUUGGCUUUGGUAUGUGCUUCUGAUGCUAUAUAUUUUUAAAACUUUAACAUUGUUUUAUGUUAAGCUAGGCUUUGGGGUAGAUAGGUCACAUACUAGGCCACAUAGUAGUCAUAUAGCUAGACACUUGCUUAAUGACUUUUUCGAUAUAUUAUGGUGACUUGAGAAAGCCAACAUACUGUUAUACUACAUAAACUUAAUAUCCUUCUUCUUUUUCUUCCUCUGAGACUAAUUUCUAUAUGCAUCUCCUCCUAGACUGUUCAUACUACAACCACCAAACUUACUCCAAACCUCCAAACUGGUCUGACUCGGGUUGCUAUAUCUUUCCCAACUGAUCCGACUACAGUUUUCCGAAAACUGACCCGGAAAAUUUGGAAAAGUCCCAUUGAUCUAACAUUGGACCAAAAUUUAUGACCUCAUAACUUUCUGCUAGAUUGUCAUACAGACUAAAGUGUUAGCUCAUUUAACUCAGACUACCAAUCUGCCAAUCAAUGAUGACCUUUAAACUUUUUAGCCACACCCUAGCAACCAUGUACGGCACCCUAGUAACUGUCCCAUAGACUUCCACUAACCUAGUGAUUAGUGCGUCAACAUAUAGCACCCAGGUGCUCGCGGCGACCCGAGUUCAAUUCCCGGCUCGAGGUUCUUUGCCGAUCCUUCCCCUCUCUCUGCUCCCCAUAAUUUCCUGUAAAUCUCCACUGUCAAUCUUCAAUGUCCUAUCAAUAAAGGUGAAAACCCUUAAAAAAAUAAUUAUAAAAAAAGACUUCCAUUGUGAAAAACUCAUUAACUUUACAUUGGACACACUAACAACACACUAAUUCAUACUAACAAUAUACUAAUCCAUACUAGCAAUAUACUAACAAACAUACUAAUCAUACUAGAAACAUGUUAAUUGAUGCUAGAACCAUGCUAACAACAUGCUAAUUUAUGCUAGAAACAUGCUAGCAACAUGCUAAUUCAUACUAGAACCAUGCUAAUUUUUGUUAGCAACUACUCAGAACAACUUAUCAAUUGCCUAGCAACACCUUAGCAACUGCCUAGCAACAACUCAGAACACCCUAGCAACCAAAAAGCAACACCUUAGCAAUGACCUAAAACACCUUAGUAACUGCCUAGCAACACCUUAGCAACCACCUAGCAACACCUUGUCAACCACUCAGAACACCCUAGCAACACCUUAGCAACCACCUACAGUAGUAACCACUGAGAACACCCAACAACCACCUAGAAACACCGUAGCAACCACUUGGAACACCCUAGCAACUGCCUAGCAACUGCCUAGCAACACCCUAGCAACCACUUAGAUCACCCUAGCAACACCUUAACAACCACUCAGAACAACCAAACAACUGAUGAGUAGCAACACCCUAGCAACCACCUAGCAACGCCUUAGCAACCACUCAGAACGCCUAAGCAACCGCCUAGCAACUACUCAGAACACCCUAGCAACGCCUUAGCAACCAACUAGUAACCAUUCAGAACACCCUAGCAACCACCUAGAAACACCGUAGCAACCACUCAGAACACCCUAGCAACUGCCUUGCCACACCUUAGCAACCACCUAGAUCACCCUAGCAAUGCCUUAACAACCACUCAGAACAACCAAACAAAUGAAUAGCAACACCCUAGCAACCACUCAGAACAACCUAGCAACUGCCUAGCAAUGCCUUGGCCACAUGCUUAGCAACCACUUAGAACACCCUAGCAACUACCUAGCAGCACCUUAGCAACCACCUAGUAACGGCAUAGCACUCAGAACACCCUAUCAACCACCUAGUGAGAAACAUGCCAAUCCAUAUCAGAAACAUGCUAACCUAUAUGUAGUUAUCCAUCUAUACCUACUGUUUCAAAGUUUUUGAAAACUACUUCACUUAUUUAAACUUUAAAACUACUUCAAUCUUUCAGAUGAGGCUUUCUCAAGACACUAUAAAGUUUUUCUACAAACUUUACUUUUCUACUCUCUGAACUGGCUUGGUGCAUGUCUGAAUGUAUGCCUAUGCGCAAUGUCCGAUCAGUGAGUGCUAAAGUUAGGGACGCUGUCACAUUAACGUGAAAGUGUAGUGAAACUUAAGUGGAAUUUGUACUCUGCAUUUUACCUAUUAAAUGCACAAACAGUAGUGAGAACUGAAUACACCACUGCAAACACAACCAAAAACAGUGAACGCAACAGAGUCAUGUUUUGUAAGCCGAGUCUGAGGGCUGUGUGCUCAGCCAUUAUUUUCGUCAAUGGUUUUGACAGCACAGGAGCACAAACUAUACAUCCUGUUCUGUGUUUAAAGGCCCUGUGAAGUGUUUUGAAAUGUGCAUUUUUUUCGAUGUUUGACGUAAUCUCAACUGAAACAUGAAGACCGUGCAGGACGUAGAGUAGCUCCUCCAGUAGCCAAUAGGGUUUCGUUUUUAUUACAGCUCUGCCAGUGAGAGUGGAUGAGUCAACUGCAUCAAAUGAAAAGCAUUUUGAAGGGGGCAGGACAUGUCAGAUACUAUAGAGCAUUUGUCUUUUUUUUUUUUUACCGAUUUGGAGGAAGUGAAAAUCACAUACUGAUUCUAACAUAUAAAAAACAUCAUUUUAAUUAUUUAGGACCUUUAAACUUAAUUUUUUUAAGCUUUUGUUAUUUUAUUGUUGGACCUAUAUGGGUGAAAAUGACUAGUGUGUGAGAUUUGAGAAGUGCCUCAUCUGUACGUGUAAUGCUAUGAGGUACAAACUAAAUCUUGCUUCUGAAAAUUCAGUUAUGUGCAAUAAUUAUGUCAAAAUGACUAACUUGAAGAGUUUUCAAUCAGUUAUGCGCCAUAGAACGUAAACAUUUGAGGCAUUCCCAGGACAGACGAGAGACAUAGUCCCUCCAGCGUGUCCUGGGUCUUCCCCAAGGUCUCCUCCCGGUGGGGUCCCAAGGGACACCUCCCUAGGUAGGCGUCCAGGAGGCCUUCCGAAACAGAUGCUUGAGCCUCCUCAGCUGACUUCUCUCGAUGUGGAGGAGCAGCGGCUACCCUGCCACCCUGUGAAGGAAACUCAUUUCAGCCACUUGUAUCCGAGAUCUUGUCUUUUCGGUCAUGAUGCAAAGCUCAUGACCAUAGGUGGGUGGGACCCAGUGCAUGCUGAAGUUUAAGUUUAAUAUAACGCUAAGAUGAAUCCUUUAUGAUGAGAUAUUUACACAGCUACUGAUAUUUAUUUCUCCAAUAUGAAUUUUUUAUCAAUUAUAAUAAUAACCGGCAGCACGGUGGCGCAGUGGGUAGCGCUUUCGCCUCACAGCAAGAAGGUCGCUGGUUCGAGACUCUGUAGGGUCAGUUGGCCUUUCUGUGUGGAGUUUGCAUGUUCUCCCCGUGUUGGCAUGGAUUUCCUCCGGGUGUUCUGGUUUCCCCCACAAGUCCAAAGACAUGCGCUAAAGGUUAAUUGGGUAAGCUAAAUUGUCUGUAGUGUAUGUGUGUGAAUGAGAGCGUAUGGGUGUUUCCCAGUGAUGGGUUGCAGAUGGAAGGGCAUCCGCUGCGUAAAACAUGCUUUAUAAAUUGGCGGUUCAUUCCACUGUGGCGACCCCAGAUUAAUAAAGAGACUAAGCUGAAAAGAAAAUUAAUGAAUGAAUAAUAACAACCCUGCAAAGUCUCAGACAAGAUUUUUAUCCUAGAGCUACAAAACUGUUCAUUCUAUUAUAGAUUUUAUUUACAUGAAAGCAUUAAAGAUUUAUAAAACUAUAUCAAAUCUAGAGACCAUUUCCAUUAAAUCAAAUCAUAAUCAAGUAAAUUUGUAUACUAGAAUUGACCUUCCUUCCAAAAUAUCCUGAUUGUCUUCAGUAUUUAUAGUCAUAAUGUUUUUUUUUUAAAUCUACAUGCCCCAAAAACCUCACAGUCAACAUUAAUCACUAACAGUAAAGUAUAUGUAUAGGUCUUCAAAUAUAUGUUUUUAUUUUAUGAAUCAUACAUAUCAUCAACUUUCUCCUCUGUGGACUUCUUUACAGCUCUUAAUAUAAAAUGAAUAAUUUCUUCUGUCUUAACUUGCACAUAAUUUCAAUUUAUAAUCCAGUUUCUUCUUUGUAUACUUUUUUUUAAUUACUAAAAUAUAAGGUUGAUUCGUUCACUCAGUAAACAUCACUGACAAUGCAGCUCUGUCAAGUGUCUCAUUCUUAUAAAUGUGUGUGAUUUUUGAGUGGGAUCCCUAGUACAUCAAUCUAGAGGAAAAUCACCACCCUUGCAGCUGUUUUAAAGUGCACAUGUAAUAGUUCAAAGAUGUGUAAAUAGAUGCAAACCUUUUUA